AUGAAAGGAUUCACAGAAGAGAAGGAAGUCACUACAACUUGGAAUACUCGAAAAACGAGGGAUCUACCACCAUCCCUUUUUGUUCUUCUGGAAACACUGAGAAAAGAAGAAGAUACCCCUGUUUUGAUUAGUAUCCCGCCUCCAGUACAAUCUGCUAAAGCGAUAUCAAAGAAGUUCAAGAAGGAUGAUGAUGAUGGAACUGAAAUGGGAGAUGGAGGUGAUGACUGGAAUUUGGGGAAGGCACUCAUCAAACCUCCUGAUCAGCUGGAACUUACUGAACAAGAAUUGAAGGAAGAAAUUACUCGUGUUCUUACUGCCAACAACCCCCAUGCUCCACAAAACAUUGUGAGAUUCAGCUUUAAAGAAAGAGCUUACAAACAAGUCCCAAUGAUUAGCCAGAUGGCUAUUCAUUUUGCACAGGAUGGAAACUUACUACACAAGGAUUCAGAUGAAGCAAAGCGUCAACAAUCUAGGGGGUCGUACGUUGAAGAGAGUGAUGCUGAAGGUAUUCGUACACCCGCUGAAACAAUUCAAUCUGAAAGUAUGGAGAAAAUGGAUACUGAAGAGGAAGAACUUCCAGAUGCAAAGGCAGCUGAAGAGGAAGAAGAGAAGGAAGUAAUAAGACCAAGACAGGAACGAAAGAUUCCCAAUCAGUUCAACUUCAGUGAGAGAGCUUCUCAGACCUUCAACAACCCUAUGAGGGAAAAUGGAUGCCAGACAGAACCACCUCCGAGAGCAAACUUUUCCUCUACAGCUAAUCAGUGGGAAAUCUUUGAUGCCUACGAGGAGGUAUUAGCAAAACAAAUGGCCAAGAAAGAGAAGCCAAAGCCUAAUACUAUGAAAAAAAAAGAAGGAUCUCAGAAAAAGUUAUCAGCUGUUGAAAGCACGAGUGAUGAUAUUUCAAGAGUUAGUAAAGUCGCCAAAAUAUUGGAACGAAUGGUGAACCAGAACUCCUUUGAUGACAUUCUACAAGACUUUAAAUAUUUUGAAGAUCCUUCUGAUGAAUUCAGGGAUCAAGAAGGCACUGUUCUACCUCUGUGGAAAUAUUUUUAUGAGAAGGCUAAGAGAUUGUCAGUUACUGGCAUGUGCUGGAAUCCAAGAUACCAUGACCUUUUUGCAGUUGCACAUGGCUCCUAUGAUUUCAUGAAACAGAACCGUGGCCUGCUUCUGGUUCACUCACUGAAAAAUCCUUCCUACCCUGAAUACCAAUAUAGUACAGAGAGCAGUGUCUUGUGCCUGGACAUCCACAAUAUGUAUCCACACCUGAUAGCUGUUGGCUUUUAUGAUGGUUGUGUUGCUGUCUACAACAUCAUGGAAAACAUUGCAAAGCCUACUUACAAGAGUUCAGCUAAAUCUGGCAAGCACACAGAUCCUGUUUGGCAGGUGAAGUGGCAAAAAGAUGACCUGGACAACAAUGUCAACUUCUUUUCAGUCUCAUCAGAUGGACGAGUUGUUUCUUGGACUUUAAUUAAGGAUGAACUUGUUCAUACAGAUAUUAUCAAACUUACAAUGCAUGGAAUUUGCAAGGAUGCACUGGAAAAUUUGCAGCUGCAAAUUAUGGGAUGUGGAACUUCUUUUGACUUCCAUAAAGAGAAGGAUGACUUGUUUCUUGUGGGCACAGAAGAAGGAAAAAUACACAAGUGCUCCAAGGACUAUUCAAGUGAGUUUUUGGAUACUUAUGAAGCCCAUCAUAUGGCAGUGGAUGCCUUACACUGGAAUACAUUCCAUCCAGAUAUCUUCAUUUCCUGUAGUUCUGAUUGGACAGUAAAGAUUUGGGAUCACAAUUUAAAGAACCCGAUGUUCACUUUUGAUCUUAAUUCACCAGUUGGAGAUGUUACCUGGUCACCGUAUUCUUCAACUGUGUUUGCAGCAGUUACAACAAAUGGAAAGAUUCAUGUGUUUGACUUGAAUGUUAACAAAUAUGAACCAAUCUGUGAGCAAGCUAUUGUGAAUAAGAAGAAAAAUAAACUCACACACAUUGAAUUCAAUCCAACUUACCCUAUUAUAAUGGUAGGAGAUGAACGUGGUGGUGUGGCAAUCUUGAAACUCUCUCCAAACCUCCGAAAACAACCUAAGGCAAAGAAAGGACAAGAAGUACAAAAAGGGCCUGAAGUGGAAAAAGCCAAAAUGGACAAGUUGCUGAGUCUGGUUAGAGACCCCGAUAUUAAGCGGAACUGAUGUAAUCCCUUCUUUGAGAAUAUUUAAUCAAUAUGUCCAAAUGUAUCAGUAUUCAUGCAUG